AUGUCUUUGAAAAUCAGCCACUUGUUUUUCUUUGACCAGGCAAGUUUUAGGAAUUUUAAAAAACCACGGAAGCAGCCAAUUAAAAGAGGUUUUCAAGCAAUUACUCAACCCAAAGGUCAACAAACAAUUAAAGUAGUUCACAGGCCGCAAAAGGCCAAAAGGUCUUUGACAGCCUCAGCAGUUUCUUCUGAGAAAAAGGAGGAUGGUACUCAGGCCCGUGACCGGCUCAGCUCAGGAGCCAACGUGCUCAAUGCCUUCACUUCCCUGUUCGCAGACGAAGUUGAGCACAUGCAGUAUUUUGAGAAAAUGAAAGCUGCCGCUCCUUCUCUGUUGAAUGAGAUUGAUGCAAUGAUUCUUCACUGCAAGAUUGCUGGAAUCCCCUUCCCCCGGGGCCUGGAAAACAUCCUGAACUACAGCUGGAAUGAUCUCAUCAAGGAUGUGUCCUACAACAAGAAGCGGUGGCCGACAGCAGUGUGUAAGGCCACCUGUGUGCCCAGGAAGCCUAAUCAGAAGCUGAGCCAGACCAGUGGCAGUAUAGUAUCGACCAACAGCAUGGCUAUCAGCAGUACACCCAGAAGCAGAUCUGUGGCCAUAUCAGAGGAUCAGAAAGAGAAACCAAGAAUCAAGAUGGAUCAGAGACUGGGUUCAGCCAGCACUGUCAAAGAAGUGAAGAAAGCAAAAAAAGCUCAGGAACAUGAUACAUCUAGCAAAUCGAGCCCUUUACAUGGGUACACAAUAAAUUUCUCAAUCUCAUCGAAAGUCUACCUGGAUCAAGGGUGGAUUACUAAAACAUAUGAUGAAACCAUUGCAAAACUGAACUGGAGGGAGAUAUACACCCUGAUGUUGGAGAAACUUCAAGCUGAAAAUGCAAAGAUCAAUUUUGAAAAGGCAAUGAUGAUGAAAUAUGGAUUUGACAAGCCAGUGAUUCUGCUGCAUUAUGAAGAGGCCAAAAUCGAACCGAGGUUCAGGAAAUACUUGGCAAUGCCAGAGAUGCCACUUGUAAAGGAUGGGAAACCUAUCAUUCCAAAUUUGAAAGUGGAGAACCCUGCAUUAAGUAAGCUGCAUUAUGCAUUGAAUGAUGGGUCGGCCAUCAUUUAUUACCCUUCGGGUAAUAUCGCUGUUUGUCGCAGUCACUCUGGACUCUCCUGCCAAGGGACAUUUUACACCAAUAUCUUCAACGAUUCCACCCUGCAACCUGUUUUACUGGCCAGUUUCACUCCGUUUGGCCACGGAAGUGUUUUCUUAGCCGAUCAGAGGAGAAUCGUGUUGCAGUUCCAUGAGCAGGGUGGCCUGAUGAUCGAUGAAGACAAAACAACACUGAAGAAUUGGCAGUGGCCAAGGAGGGGAAAGCUCCCUGAACCAAUUUGGGUCAAGGUUAACGACUACAUCACCAUCUGGAUUAUUGCACAAUUUUCCAUCCACUUCACCUUCAAAUGGCAGUAUGAGACCAUUCGCUUCCCUCUCUCUCCCUUGUUGAAUGUCAUUGCCCCUCAGCCUGAUGAAUUGAUUUUCAGGAAGCGCUCCACUGUGCAGAGAUCAGCCACUUCUCCACGUGCUGCUCCAGAAAUCACCAUCCAUUACCUGCGGCAGCUACACAGGAAGAUCAAGAACAUUAUCAAUGACUGGAUGGAGUAUUACAGAAUUGAAACUGGUCUCAGUAAAUUUCCAUUCGUCAGGCGUAGCGAGAGUGAGAGGCAUAUCUCCAAAGUUCAACCAAAGAAACAACCGUUCCAACCCUACAUGCCAGCAGGCAAAGGUAUUUCAGCACAGGCAGACUACGCUCGCUUUCUGUCUACUCCCGGCCAGGAACAGAAUAAGUGUGUGCCCAGGAGCUGCACCUUUACCAGGGGUUUGGCUGCAAUGAUCUCCAGAGAAGGUAAUAUCGGCUUAUUGAUGUCUAACAGACAUGGGUCUUCAACACGUGCUGAUAUCAAACAGGGGCAUCACUUUCCUAAGGUUCCUAAGGAGGAUAAGGAGUGGCUGCUGUCGCCCAGUCUGUGUCCAGUUGCAUUGCGGGCCGCGAUGCUGGGCACAGGCAAGAAACACUGUCAUUGCAGCACCACCAAAGUUCCCGACAUCACUGAUCUGGAGUUUGACACAUUCAUCAAGAGAUCUACAGCAGCGAAUGAGCAGCUCGUCAUUGUCUGCGUUGUCGCAUUACAUCACCUCAAGCCCGCGCCCUACGAGAAAAUGAUCCAGUAUUUGUAUGAGGAAAACAACCGAAACCGAAACCAGCCCUGUGUGGAGUGUCAAAGUGAUUCGUUUCGACUGCUAAAGUACAGCAUCGGCACGGCCCAUAAGUACACAGGACAAAGCCCAGUCUUACUGGUCAAACGGCACAACGUAACUCCUGGCAUGUUCCUGAUGUACAUAAGAGGCAAGUUGCUCUUUGCUGACCACAUAUUUAAUGGGUACAGUAACAGUCUUAAGGAUCUGAUGAAGCAAAUUACCAAAACAUAUGACGACUACACCAAUGGCCGCUACCUACUGUAUGACUUCAGGUUCAGUUCCACUGAGCCCAAGUUGCCAAGUACCACACAGGAUGACACUUCGCUGCAACAUCAGCCUGACAGGAGUGCAAGGCCUAAAUCAGAAACCUCGAUUAAGCCAGAAACCACGUGUAGCUUUCAGUCCGCUAACAGAGCUGCAACCAUCCAGGAUUUCAUCGCAUUUAGCUUGACCCAGAGAAAUAUCUGUUGCAACACAGACAGAAUUCCAUCUGAAAUAAUGGAAAGCAUGCUGGAAAGCUGUUCCCGAAGACCCAACUGAGAGCUUUCUGGGCAUUAGCAGAGAGCUGCUGCUUGUACAUUGUGGACAGAAUACGUCAGCUGGUGUACUUCCUACAGUUCCUCCCUGAUAACAAUCACUGUUAAACUGUUGUUAGUUCUGACCAAAUAUAGCAGGAUGAGAUGAUUGUGCUGCUCAAGAGUUCCAUGUCAUCCUUAAUCCUAGCCAUCAAAUGUUUUCAAGAUUAGUACAACCACAUUCGAAGCUCAGCAUUUGAGGGGGCAGAAGAUGGUAUCUUUCCCAGGAAGAAUGUCUCAGGUUGAUCACUAAAGACACUUUCACUGAAGGGCCACCACUCAAGAUACAUUUGCCCAGAGACCAUAAUUCAAAACACAUUCGAUGAGGGACCAGCACAAAGUGCACAUUCACUGAGGGACUGUUACUAAACAUACAUUCACCCCAGAUUGUUGAUAAAGACACAUUCAUCCAGUAUUCAUCACUAAAAAUACAUUUGGAUUUCUGCAGCUGUGAUUCAAUAUAUUUUGGCCAUUAGAACAAACCAUCAACUAAGAUAACAAUGCUCUUGGUACUCCAGUCUUUUUCUUAAAUGUGUAUGCUACAUUAACAAAAGCCAAAUCCUUUCCAUGCUCCUAAUGUAGUCUGUUUUAAUUUACGUUGCCUAAACCAGUUCUGGAACACAACUGUGCUUCCACUAUUUGGUUCAGGCUCCUCACCACAGCACUGAUCCCACCGAGUGCAAAGGCCCAGAUUUGUUUCUAAUUCACUCGUUGGACUUGAGAGUUGGUGGCUGGGCCAGCAUUUAUUGUCAGUCCCUAGUUGCCC